AUGCUUGAAGCGCGAGGUCUCAGGGGCACUACCGUAUGGCGGGAGAAACCUCCUCAGAAUCUACCCGGCCACUUUGCUGCAGCAGGCCCCCGAUCCAAGAACGGAUCACCCAACAAAGCUGCCCCCUCGAUGACCAUUCCCAACAUCUUGGACAGUAAAAGGCGUCCUGUCGGGGCAGGUACCAAAGCAGAAUCCACAACAAACUUGAGAAAACAGGGGGGGGGGGGGGGGGGGGGGGGGGGGGGGGGGGGGGGUGGGGGGGGGGGGGGGGGGGGGGGGGAGGGGGGGGGGGGGGGCUACCUGCCCUUUAACAUAAAACACAUUUGUUUUGAAUAUGAGCAUAAGUGGGAUUCCAUCGAGGGGCACAGCUUUGGUUGGGUAGAUCCGUUCAUGAGGGGGCGGCUGCAAGGCAAAGAGCCGGCUGAGGAGACUCGGCGCCGUAUCGACUCCGGUCCGACACACGGCGAGGCGGGGAAACACAAAGUGGGUGAUCUAAAUGCAAAUGUACGGAGUGAUACAUGGGAGCAGAGGGAGCAGAGGGACCGCAGUGAUACCGACAGCUCAGAGGACCGCAGUGAUACCGGCAGCUCGGAGGACCGCAGUGAUACCGACAGCUCGGAGGACCGCAGUGAUACGGGCAGCUCAGAGGACUGCAGUGAUACGGGCAGCUCAGAGGACCGCAGUGAUACCGGCAGCUCGGAGGACCGCAGUGAUACCGACAGCUCGGAGGACCGCAGUGAUACGGGCAGCUCAGAGGACCGCACUCGGAGGACCGCAGUGAUACCGACAGCUCGGAGGACCGCAGUGAUACCGGCAGCUCAGAGGACCGCAGUGAUACCGACAGCUCGGAGGGACCGUAGUGAUACGGGCAGCUCAGAGGACUGCAGUGAUACGGGCAGCUCAGAGGACCGCAGUGAUACCGGCAGCUCGGAGGACCGCAGUGAUACCGGCAGCUCAGAGGACUGCAGUGAUACGGGCAGCUCAGAGGACCGCAGUGAUACCGGCAGCUCGGAGGACCGCAGUGAUACCGGCAGCUCAGAGGACUGCAGUGAUACGGGCAGCUCAGAGGACCGCAGUGAUACCGGCAGCUCGGAGGACCGCAGUGAUACCGGCAGCUCGGAGGACCGCAGUGAUACAGGCAGCUCAGAGGACCGCAGUGAUACGGGCAGCUCAGAGGACUGCAGUGAUACCGACAGCUCGGAGGGACCGCAGUGA